AGUAAUUGUGAGUAGUAGAGAGUAGCCCCUCGGUUUCCAGUGGGUUUCAGAGCUCAAAAAGCUUGCUGUAUAAGCAAACCUUUUUUUUUUUGUUUCUUCAAAUCUCGUACUCAUUUGUGUUCUUUGUCGAUCUUCUCUCUCCAUUUCUCUCAAUCUGCGUGAUUUACCCAUCCCAUUACCUUUUUUGUCGACAUUUUUCGUGCAGUGAGCUCUACGCGUUUGAGUUAGUGGUAAUUUCUGAUGAGGAUUUUAGUUUGAGCUGUAGAAUCGUCUUUGAUUUGGUUUUGGAAGUUGCACGAUCUGGGUAUUAAACGGGAGGUAGAAUGUUUACCGAAGGACUUGAUAAGAGUGCCCUUCGAUGGGUUCGCGAGAAGGAUGACACAUUUGGUACUUCAAAUUUGAGGUAUCGAGCUGAUCCAUUUGCCGGCGUUGGAGCGGGUACUGGAGCAAGGGGUUUUGGAUUGCCACCGCCGUCUAAUUUUAGAAGUGGGCACUUGCCGGCCAGUGCCAUUCCAGUUUCGAGACCCAUUUCUAGUCGUGUGGAUGAUAGUGCUUCUGCUUCGGAGAAUGACAUGUCUACUGACUCUGAAGAGGAUGUUUAUGGGGUUAGAUACUCCUUGGAUUCAUCUCCCCAACACAACAGAGUUCCUAAUCGUUCUACUUAUAGAUAUGGAAAUUCUUUGCACGGGAGAUCAAAUAACGGUAGUGAUUACUUUUUCUCCGAUGUUAGUUCAUCGAGGGAAACGUUGGUUGGUGGUAAUAGGCAAAUGGCUGAUCGUAUGACGAGUAAAAAUGGGAGGUACCCCACUAAGCAAAAUGGUUUUACAGAAGACGAGUCUUCUGAUUCUGCUGCAAGCUCUGAAUUUUCCACAACGCAAGUUGGGGGAAGUAUUAAUGGGGCUUUGCCCAGGAAUAGAGCUUCCAUAGCUUCAGAGGGAUACUCAUCAAGCCUGCCGUCACGUGUAACUGUGGGAAAUGCACCUAAAAAGGAUCCUCAGAAUGGAAGGUUUUCUGAUGAUGAUGGUGAAGAUGACAUUGCCAGUGCCCCUCCAUUUUUUGCUUCGUCACAGGAAAUUAAACAAUGUGCUGAAAGAAGUCAAGAUGUGAAGUUGAAUGGCACACAUGAUCAUACAACUGCAUCUGGAGUUGCAGUGCCGCAAGGAAAUAAGAGCAGCGACCAGUUUGUCAGACCAGUGAAUUCGGAACCUGCUGGCAAUUCAGGAUCAGCUCGCAUCCCCACAUAUAAUGCCAGUGCUUUAGGGCCUUGGCAUGCAGUCAUAGCAUAUGAUGCAUGUGUACGAUUAUGUCUUCAUGCUUGGGCAAUGGAAAAUAUGGAAGCCCCGAUGUUUUUGGAAAAUGAAUGUGCAGUAUUACGAGAUGCAUUUGGUUUACGGCAAGUACUCUUGCAGUCAGAGGAUGAAUUGCUGGUGAAGCGCAAUUCAGAACUUGUCAAUGAGGGUGCUCCUACCAAAGCAAAGAAAACUAUAGGCAAAAUAAAAGUGCAAGUGCGGAAAGUGAAGAUGGGGCUGGAUCCACCAACAGGCUGUAAUAUUUUAGCUUUAAGAACACCUGCGGUAAACCUGGAAACCAUAAAGUAUCAAUUUUCCAGCUUUCAGUCAGCAGUAGCCUCUGGAUGGCAUGCUCUGCAUAAAAUUCGUGUUGCGCCACGAAUACCUCCAAACAGUUCUCUAUCUAGACAAAGCAUGGCAUAUGUGCACGCAAGCACCCAGUACAUCAAGCAGGUAUCCAAAGUUCUAAAAGCAGGUGUAACAACCCUGCGCAGCAGUUCAUCAUCUUAUGAGGUGGUCCAAGAAACGUACCCGUGUCUACUAAGACUGAAAAGUUUAGCUGAGGAAGAUGCUGUCAAAAUGCAAGCUGGAUCAGGAGAAACUCAUGUUUUCUUUCCAGAUGGCCUUGGUGAUGAUCUAAUAAUUGAAGUUCAGGAUUCCAAUUCUAAGCAUAUUGGUCGUGCUCUCCUGCAAAUAGCCGCCAUUACUGAUAACCCGGUAAAAUUUUCUUUUGAGCCUGAGAAUGCUUUGAGCAUAAGAGUAAUUCAACUAUGCUGUCUCUUGUCAAAAAUUUAUACUGACGUUAUGCAGGCCGAAAAAUUACGUUGGUGGUCUAUAUAUCGUGAGCCUGAACAUGAGCUUGUGGGCAAAAUUCAACUCUACGUAAAUUACUCAGCAAGUACAGAUGAUAAUAGUCACCCAAAGUGUGGUUCUGUGGCAGAAACAGUAGCAUAUGACCUAGUUCUUGAAGUUGCCAUGAAAGUUCAGCAUUUUCAACAAAGGAAUCUUUUGUUGCAUGGUUCAUGGAAAUGGCUUUUGACUGAGUUUGCAUCAUACUAUGGCAUUUCAGAAGUAUAUACCAGAUUAAGAUAUCUUUCAUAUAUCAUGGAUGUGGCCACACCAACAGCUGACUGUCUCACGUUGGUGUAUGACUUGCUCAUGCCUGUCGUUAUGAAGGGCCAUGACAAGAGUACGCUGAGUCAUCAAGAGAACCGAAUUUUAGGAGAAACCAGGGAUCAAAUUGAACAGAUACUUGCUCUUGUUUUCGAGAACUAUAAAUCACUUGAUGAAACAGCUCUCUCGGGUCUUAUGGAAGUGUACAGACCAGCUACAGGGGUUGCGGCGCCUGCUCUAGAACCAGCAGUUAAACUGUACACUCUUCUUCAUGAUAUUCUAUCUCCGGAGGUUCAGACUUCCUUGUGCCAUUAUUUCCAGGUUGCUGUGAAAAAGAGAUCGAGGAGGCAUUUGAGUGAGACAGAUGAAUAUAUGGGUAACAGCAACGAAGGCAGUUUAGUAGAUACAGUUACUAUGUCUACUGCUUACCAAAAGAUGAAAUCGGUGUGUCUUGACAUUAGGAAGGAGAUAUCAUCUGACAUUGAGAUCCAUAAUCAACACAUACUUCCCAGUUUUGUAGACCUACCAAAUCUCUCUGCUUCCAUAUAUAGCACAGAGCUUUGUAGUAGAUUGCGCUCUUUCCUAAUUGCUUGCCCACCAACAGGCCCUUCACCUUCAGUAGCAGAACUUGUUAUUGCAACUGCUGAUUUUCAGAGGGAUCUUGCCAGAUGGAGUAUUAGUCCUGUGAAAGGCGGUGUUGAUGCAAAAGAAUUAUUCCAUUUGUAUAUUCUGGUAUGGAUCCAGGAUAAGCGCCUCUCGUUGCUUGAAACAUGCAAAUUGGAUAAGGUCAAGUGGUCGGGAGUUAGAACUCAACAUUCUACGACACCUUUUGUCGAUGAAAUGUAUGAUCGAUUAAAGGAAACUUUGAGUGACUAUGAGAUUUUCAUUUGUCGAUGGCCAGAGUACACCUUUGUUUUAGAACAAGCUAUUGCAGAUGUUGAAAAAGCAAUAGUGGAGGCAUUGGAUAAGCAGUAUGCUGAUGUGUUGGCACCACUAAAAGAAAAUUUAGCACCCAAAAAGUUUGGACUUAAGUAUGUCCAGAAACUUGCUAAACGAUCCGUCAGCUCUUACACUGUUCCAGAUGAGCUGGGGAUUCUAUUAAAUUCCAUGAAAAGGAUGCUUGAUGUUCUGCGCCCGAAGAUAGAAUCACAAUUUAAGCUGUGGGGUUCGUGCAUUCCUGAAGGUGGAAAUGUAAUUCCUGGCGAGCGUCUUAGUGAAGUGACAGUCAUGCUUAGAGCCAAGUUCAGAAACUAUUUGCAAGCAGUUGUGGAGAAGCUUAUUGAGAAUACGAAGUUACAAAGUGCUACAAAGCUGAAAAAGAUUUUACAAGACUCCAAGGAAGCUGUGAUUGAGUCAGAAAUACGAAACAGGAUGCAACCACUGAAAGAUCAGUUGUCAAACACAAUAAAUCAUCUUCAUACUAUCUUUGAGAGUCGUGUAUUCAUUGCUCUCUGUCGGGGUUACUGGGAUCGGAUGGGACGGGAUGUUCUGAGCUUCAUGGAGAACAGGAAAGAGAACAGGUCAUGGUAUAGAGGGUCGAGGAUUGCAGUUUCGGUUCUCGACGAUACAUUUGCCUCACAGAUGCAGCAGUUGCUUGGGAACUCACUACAAGAGAAAGACCUGGAGCCACCAACCUCGAUCACAGAGGUGCGAUCGAUGCUCUGCAAGGAUUAAGUAAGGUGUUAAGAGAAGUCAAACCAAGUUAUACCUAUGCUGAUCGUGUUUGAUGGAUUUGGCAUAUAUGCUUUUCUGAAGAAGCAAGAAGAGAGGUAAGUGCUAACCUAUAAUCUUGUUGGCAUGAGGGUGUUAAGACGUCAAUUUUGGUGAGAAGAAUGAAAGGGUUCUGUUAAAAGGGAAGAUGCGGCUAACUUUGGUGAUUCCAUUUUGUAAAGAAGGGAGUUAGCUACUCAGCUGCCCCAUAGUUUUUCUUUUGGUAUCUUCAAUUCAAUGGUGCACUAACUAUAGAGAGAGAAAUGUAGAUGUAUAUGUACAACUUUACAUAAAUAUAAUUCUUCUAUUUGUUUCAAA